AUAUAAACGCGGAGCUGACACUGCUAAACGCUCCCAAAACCUACUUCCGUUCUUACCUUUCAAUAUGCGCGGCCACCGUCCCUUCCGCCCCCAUGGCGGCUAUCCUCCGUCUCAGCCCUCAUUCGGACCUCAAAAUCCGAAUUUCCCUCUCCAACACCCCAACGUCCUCCAAUUCCUCCAAACCCAGCCAAACUUUGCUCUGCAACAAAACCCCAACAAUUUCUUCUUCCAAAACCCUUUUCCUUAUUCCCUUCCGCAAAACCCUAACAUCACUACCCAACAACCGCCACAACAGUUGUUCAAUAAUCCCAGAAGCAGCCAAAGCCAGCUUCACAACCAGAGAGGCAGCGCCACCUCUGGCCAAGUACCUAGGGAGGUUCAGGAAAGAAUUAAUCAGGCCGUGAACCAGGCGUGGCAAGGGCUUAUGGCUUCUAGAAACAGUGUUACGGCAUGGAAAGUUUCACAGGCAGCCUUGGUGGAACUGCAGGCCGACUCUUGGAGCUCGCUGGGAUUGGAUAUGCAGGGGGUUCCGUCUCUUCAAAAGCUUAUGACCAUUGAAGGAAGGGUAAAUGCAUUUAUCCAAUGUUUUGUUGGAGUACGAAAGAUUACUACAUUGUAUGAGCUGGAGAUGGAAAUAUGUAAGAACGAGGGUGUUAGGACGUAUGAGAAGCUAGAGCUGGGCCCUUUUCUUUGUCAUCCGCUGGUUCUGCAUUACUUUUCUCUGAACUCUAAUUGUAAAAAAGUGUUUAAAAUAACAAGUGAAGACGUAAUUGCUCACCUCCAUGAAUACAUGGACAGUCAUAAUAAUCAAGAAAUUCUUAUUGAUGAAUUUCUUGGUUUUGUUGCUGACAAGCAAGCUGCCACAAGUAAGGAAGAGCUUGGUGUGCGUAUUCAGAGCUUGGCGAUGUAUACUAGUUUUAUCAAGAUGGCUGAGAGAAGGAAAGAUUUUGAGGUAAAGAAAUGCCCAAAGGGGCCAAAGGUAAAAAAACAUUGCAAGGGGCUGAAGCUAAAAGAACGAUAUAUGAGCAUUUCACAACAAGUUGAAUCAUUUAUGUCAGUCCACAAGGAUUCUUGUGGCAAGCAUAUACGAUUCGAUUCAUCAAGCUCAGAGGAGGAAGAUGCCAAUGACCGUGCUCAUAAAAAUGAAAGGAAUAGCAAUGGUGAAGGCAGUGACUCUGAGUUGCCAUCAGAAGUUAUUAAUAGCUCUGAUCGAGUUAGUCGUUGUCCUUAUCCCUCUGCAACAGAAGAGUUGAUAAGGUUGGGCUUGAAAGAGAGAAUUAAUAAACCAUCUCCCACUACUGUCAGCUCAAAGCAUAAUGACUGCACUGGACCAUACAAACGCAAAAGAAAAAUUGAUAGUCCCAGUCCUUCCGUCUCUAGACCACCUAAGCUAAGCAGAAGAGAUGGGCUCAAGCAAGCUGCUAUUCCAAAAGAAAAUGGAAAUCAGGCCGAAGAGCUUAGUAAUUUGGAUGAAGCUGAUAUUUUGCUUUCUGAUAACUUGAUGAAGACAUUCAUUACAACUUGGAAGGAGGCAUGUAGGGAGCACACAAUGGAAGAGGUUCUACAAAGAAUGCUUUGCUUUUACCACUCAACAGCUCGGAAGAGGAACAAAAUGAAAUCAAUGCUUUCUUCUUUUCCAUUUAUCGGAUUACUAAAUGUUGCUGUGACGUCUAUCAAAAAAGGGAUGUGGGAUAGUAUCUAUGAUACUAUUCAAGCUGUCGGCAAAUUUGAAUUAACCGGCACAUCUGAUACUUGUUCUGAACAUAAAAGCAUUGAUGUUGAACCGAGUAAGGAGGGUGCACUGGUCCCCACAAGCGUAGACUGUGUCACAGUGGAAGAUGUUCUUGAGAAAAUUAAUGCUUAUUUUAAGCUUAAUCAUGAAAUUGGUAAAUCACUUAAAGAACAAAAGAUUGUUUUGUUGAGGAAGCUGUUUAACUGUCAGUCAUGGUUGGCGGAGCAAUUUUAUGUUAAGAACUUCAAGUCCCUUGGUCUUGGAGAGUUUUUUAUGUUUCUUGAACGACAUGCUUCUUUAUUUCCUAUUGAAUUGCAGAAACUCUUGGCUGACGAAACAUGUGAAAAAUCUCCUUUAGAGGUUUGCUUUCUCCAGCAUCUGUUGAUUGUUUUCAUGGCACAAGCUUCAUAUAAUUUACAGGACAAUCAAAUUAUUUCCAAGGAGGUUGUUAAGGCACUUCUCAUGAAGCAAUAUCCGUUAAUUGAUUUCAAAGUUAAGGAAAAUGAUUCUAUGGAAUAUUUUCUUGAAGUUGUUGAGAAGUCUAAGAAUGAUGCAAGUUCCAAAUGUGUUAUAUUUUCAGCAUCAUUGUUGGGAAUGUGCCAUAAUGGAGAUUCAUUGGCCUAUGGCGAGAACUAUUCAUCUGAAACUUCUUUCCAAAAUGUUAGGAAGAUUAAAUCAGCUGCUUGCAGGGAUGCAAUGGCUGUUUUGCUUAGGGCCCCAAUGCUGUCAGAUUUGUAUUCAUGGUCACACUGGGAUGUCUUGUUUGCUCCCUCUCUUGGUUCUCUUAUAGUGUGGUUGUUGAACGAAGUGAAUGAAAAAGAGUUAUUGUGCUUGGUGACUAAAGAUGGGAAAGUUGUUCGCAUUAAUCAUUCGGCCACUAUUGAUUCAUUUUUGGAAGCUGCUCUUAAGGGGUCUGCCUUUGAAACAGCUUUGAUGCUGCUGUCUUUGUGUUCCCUAACUGGAGGAAUAAAGCACCUUCCCUUAGCCCUUCUUAAACACCAUGCACAGAUGGCUUUUGAAGUCCUUUUGAAGAACCAUAUUGAGAACAUUGAAGUAGAUGGUUAUCAGAAUUCUACUAUGAAUGGAAAAACAUCAUUUAGGCCAAAGUUUCUGGAAGAUGUUUCUAUUGGCAAUUUGGGUAAUGGAUUACAGAUGAACUCAAUCAAAAUGAAUAAAGCCACAUCUCAUGUUUCAAGGUUUUUCCUUGAUUGUCUAUGUUAUCUACCUUCAGAAUUUCGUGGUUGUGCGGCUGAUAUAUUACUUCAUGGGAUGCGAGCAGUAAUUAAAGAUUGGCCCUCAGCUAUUUCGAGUGAAUGCAACGAUCUGAGUCAGCGCUUUAUGCUACAUGAAUUAGGCUUUUCACUUGGUAUAGUGGAGUGGAUACAGGAUUACCACGUAUUUUGCUCCACUGAUACAAGUAACAGGUUUCCUUCGUAUGAGGUAUUAGAAAUGACAACUGGCAUGUCUGACUCAAAAACAAGAUCAAAAUCUUUGCAAAAUGCGAUAGAUAAGCGUUCCUAUGCUGAGAAAGAAUCAAUAGCAUCUAAUAGGACAGACAAGGAACCUGAAGUUUCUGACAUGGUUAGUGGUGAAGAAGUUUCUGCUGAGAAAAGAGCCAAUAAGAACCGAGAACAAUCAUCUGAAGUCGAUGAACAGACAGAUGCAGCCCUGAUUAUUGAGUCAAUCAGGCGAGAUGAGUUUGGCCUGGAUCCAAGUCUUUCAGGUGUGGAGAGUAGCAUGUUGAAGAAGCAACAUGCUCGCUUGGGGAGAGCACUCCAUUGUCUUUCUCAGGAGUUGUAUUCUCAGGACUCGCAUUUUAUUCUUGAGCUUGUUCAAAAUGCGGAUGACAAUGUUUACUCUGAAAGUGAGGAACCGACUCUAACUUUUAUUCUUCAAGAGUCUGGUAUUUUCGUUUUAAAUAACGAACUAGGCUUUUCUGCUGAGAACGUCAGAGCACUUUGUGAUGUUGGAAGCUCGACGAAAAAAGGACGUUCUGGCUACAUAGGGAAGAAAGGCAUUGGCUUCAAAUCUGUUUUUCGGGUUACAGAUGCUCCUGAGAUUCAUUCCAAUGGGUUUCAUGUCAAGUUUGAUAUAAGUGAUGGUCAGAUAGGUUUUGUUUUGCCAACUCUGGUACCUCCUUGUAAUGUUGAAUCUUUUAAAAUGCUGUUUGGUGGAGACACUAGUUACCUGGAUAAUAAGUAUUGGAACACUUGCAUUAUACUUCCUUUUAGAUCGGUUACAUCUGAAGGAAAUGAUAGGAACAAUAUUGUCUCCAUGUUUUCAGAUCUUCAUCCUUCUUUAUUACUCUUUCUCCACAGGAUUCGGUGUAUUAUGUUUCGGAACAUGCUCAAUAAUUCAUUUGUUGUUAUGAGAAAAGAAAUUGUGGGAAAUGGUAUUGUGAAGGUUUCAUGUGGGGGAGAAAACAUGACAUGGUUUGUAGCAUCCCAAAAUUUGCAGGCUGAUAUUAUUCACCGUGAUGUGCAAGUAACAGAAAUUUCAAUAGCAUUGACUCUGCAGGAGACUGAUUGUGGGUGUUACAGACCAUUUCUGGACCCACAACCUGUUUUUGCUUUUCUUCCUUUAAGGACAUAUGGUCUAAAAUUUAUUCUUCAAGGCGAUUUUGUUCUUCCUUCAUCUAGAGAAGAAGUUGAUGUAGAUAGUCCGUGGAAUCAGUGGUUACUGUCACAGUAUCCCAGUUUGUUUGUUUCUGUAGUGAGAUUGUUUUGUUCUCUCCCAUGUUUCCAGGAAAAUCCGGGAAAAGCUGUUUCAGUUUAUAUGAGCUUUGUUCCACUUGUUGGGGAAGUGCAUGGAUUUUUUUCCUCGCUUCCUCGGAUGAUCAUUUCUAUGUUACGAAUGUCAAACUGCUUAAUUUUGGAAGGAGACAAAAGCAAAUGGGUACCCUCCUGCAAGGUUCUAAGAGGCUGGACUGAAUCGGCUCGUAAGCUUUUUCCUGAUCCCUUGCUCCAUGAACACCUUGGUCUUGGUUAUUUGGACAAGGACAUAAUUCUAUCUGAUGCGUUGGCAAGGGCAUUAGGUAUCCAGGACUAUGGUCCUGAAGUUCUGGUCCAAAUUAUAUCAUCUUUGUGUCAAAGAGAAAAUGACCUUAAACAUAUGGGCCUAACUUGGAUAUCCUCUUGGCUGAAUGAGUUCUAUACAAUCUCAUUCCACUCUUCUGGACAGAAGUCAAUGAAUUGUGAAAUAGAAACUGUUCUUGUAGAAAAUCUUAGAAAAAUUCCAUUUAUUCCUCUUUCAGAUGGUACCUUUAGCUCUGUUGAUGAAGGGACAAUUUGGCUACAUUCUGAUGCCAUAAACACUGGUUUUGAAGGUGAGCUUGGACUUGAAACUUUUCCUACAUUGUAUGCUAAACUUCGGUUUGUCAGUCCCGCCCUUUUUUCUAAAUCAGCUGUCAGUAUCUCAUCCGUAGGAAACAUUACUAGUGUGCUUCAUAAUAUUGGUGUCCAACAGCUCUCUGCACAUGAAAUCAUAAAGGUACAUAUUUUGCCAGAUAUAUAUGAUGAAAGAAUCAAAACUAGAGACAAAAAUUUGAUGAUAGAUUACCUCUGCUUUGUGAUGAUUCACUUACGAUCUAGCUGUCCCAGUUGUCAUGUUGAGAGGGAGCACAUUAUCUUGGAUUUGCGAAAUAAAGCUUUUAUAUUAACAAAUUAUGGCUUUAAAAGACCUGUUGACGUGUCGGUUCAUUUCAGCAAGGAAUUUGAGAACCCUGUGAACAUAAAUAGGUUGACUAACGGUAUGAAUCUAAAAUGGCAUGAGGUUGACAAGACAUAUUUGAAACAUCCAGCUUCCAGAUUGCUGUCUUCUGGGCUGAAGAAGUGGAGGGAAUUUUUCCUGGAAAUUGGUGUCACUGAUUUUGUGCAGGUGGUUCAACAUGAUAAAAGUUUUAUGGAUAUGGCUCAUACUGUUCUUCAGAGCUUGUCAUCAGAUUGGGACUUAAUAUCUCCUGGAUCAGUUGUGAAGGAUUGGGAAUCUUAUGAGUUAAUUCAGUUGUUAUCCCUAUUGUCCACUAGUGGCAAUCUUGAAGGCUGUAAAUACAUGCUGGAGAUUCUUGAUGAAUUUUGGGAUGGUCAUUUUAGUGAUAAAGCUAUUGUUCACUGCAAUUUUAAAUCUGGCAGUGAAAUUAAACCCUUCAGAUCUUCAUUUUUGUGCAAGAUCUGUGAUAUCCCAUGGGUGGUUUCUUGCAUGGAUAAUGAGCUUCACCAUCCUAAAGAGUUGUUCCAUGACUGUGAUCCAGUCCGUGCCAUCCUAGGUGCAUGUGCUCCAUAUGCUGUUCCAAAGGUGAGGAAUGGAAAGUUAGUAAAGGAUAUUGGUUUAAAAACUGAAGUUACCCUUGACGAUGUCCUCAAGAUUCUUAAAUUUUGGAGAUCCGAGAUCUCUUUCAAGGCCAGCAUAGCACAAAUGUCCAGAUUAUACACAUUUAUUUGGAAUGAAGCACGUAAUUCAAGGCAGAAAAUUUAUGAGGAGUUCCAUGCAUCUUCUUUUAUAUUUGUUCCAAACAGCACGACUUCAAGGCCUGAUGAUGUAGUACCUGGCUUAUUCUUGUCUUCUAAAGAAGUGUUUUGGCAUGAUUCAACUGGAACAAUGGAGCAAAUGUAUAAUCACUCUCAGACUGGCUCAUCGGUUGAGAACCAAUGCCCCUUAAACAGAACAUUGUCCAACAUUUAUCCAGGUCUACGUGACUUUCUUGUUAGUGAAUGCAAAGUGCCUGAGCAACCUUCUUUCUGUGGUUACCUGGAUAUUUUGCUACAGUUAUCAGCACUUACUUUACCUUCACAAGCUGCUAAUACCGUUUUCCAAGUCUUUCUGAAGUGGGCUGAUGCACUGAGAUCAGGUUUACUGAGUACUGAAGAUAUCCAUCAAAUGAAAGAAUGUCUUAAUAAAUCAGAGUAUACUGUGCUGCCCACCAUAUUAGAUAAGUGGGUUUCCCUGCACCCUUCUUUUGGUUUAGUGUGCUGGUGUGACAAUGAGAAACUAAAGAAGAGAUUUAAGCACUUGGAUAACAUUGAUUUUCUCUACUUUGGCACUCUUAAUGAUGGUGAGAAAGAGUUACUUCAGACUAAAGUGUCUAUUCUAAUCCGUACCUUUGGGAUUCCUGUUCUUUCUGAGGUUGUUACCCGUGAAGCAAUUUUUGAUGGGAAAGCAGAUGGUAGAUUCGGAACUUCCCUUGUGAACUGGGUUCUUCCUUUUGCACAACGCUACCUAUACAGUGUCCAUCCCGAUAAAUAUUUUCAACUCAAGCAAUCUGGAUUUGAUAAUAUAAGUAAUUUACAAGUUGUCGUCGUUGAUAAGCUGUACUACAGGAAUGUUAUAAGGAGCAGCGGAAUUGUGUCCAAGAAGAAAUACGAAUGCACCUGUCUUCUGCAGGAGAAUAUUUUGUACACCACUCCUGAGUCGGAUUCUCAUGCCGUAUAUAUGGAGUUUUCUCGUUUUUUAUUUGACGGAACUCCGGAUUUGCACUUGGCAAAUUUCCUUCACAUGGUCACAACUAUGGCCAAAUCUGGUUCUAAUGAAGAACAGACUGAGUUUUUCAUCUUGAACAGCCAAAAGGUGCGGAAACUUCCUGAUGAGGAACCUGUUUGGUCCCUUUCUUCUGUGUCUUAUGGGACGGAGAACAAUGAAUUUGAGAGUUCUACUACAACAGUGGAAAACGAGCAAUCUGCUUCCAAGUCCAAGAAAAAGAAGGGGACAUACUCAAACUGGCCACCCGUGGAUUGGAAAACGGUGCCUGGUCUCAGUAAGAGACCUGCACCUAUUUCUCAGCCUAUUGAUGGCUCAAAAACUACAUAUAAUGGUUCUGAUCACAUUGAUUUACACAUUAGCAGCGAUGGUCCAGUGGCAACAGACACUGAUAUCUCCCGGGAAGACAAUACAGAAACAACUUCAUCAAUUCCAAUUUUUCCAGACUCUGAAAGUUUGGAUGGUCAGUAUGGCAACACAUUUAACCCAGCUGAUUCCGGUGUGAGAAUUGCAUUUGGCAACACCUGCAAUCCGAUUGAUUCUGGUGUGAGAAUAGCAUUCGAUCCUGUUGAUUUAAGCCUAAUGUCAGAUAGCCCUCAGCUGGUUUCACUUGAUUUUAACAAGAGAAUUCAGCAUAAUGCCGGAUUUGUUUCAUCUGAAUUUAGCCAGAGAGAUCAGCUUCUUACUGGCACACCCAGUUCAGCACAAGCUUUGCUAACUGGGAAAUUGGGUGAGCUUGCGGCUUUCAACUACUUUGCCAGCACCUCGGGUAAGACAGUGAAGUGGGUCAACAAAGAUAUCGAAACCGGGUUACCGUAUGAUCUAGUGGUGGAAGAUGGAGGAGGUCAUAUAGAAUACGUUGAAGUUAAAGCUACCAAAUCGGCAAGGAAAGACUGGUUCAAUAUAUCAACAAGAGAGUGGCAAUUUGCAGCCGAACAAGGUGAAUCUUUCAGCAUUGCUCAUGUUUUCUUAUUAAGCGAUAAGGAGGCUAAGAUUUCUGUACAUACGAAUCCAAUUAAACUUUGCCAGCAGGGCAAGCUGCAAUUGGUUGUUUUGAUGCCAAGGCAGCGGCAAGAUUCAAUAAUCGUAUCAUAACUGGCGCUGUGUAUUUCAUGUGAUUCUGUGGACUAAAUUAACAAUUUUGAUAUUUGGAAAUUACCCACUGGAAUGACCCUCGGUUGGCUAUUUUUGAUGUGGAUCGGCUUGUAUUCAGCUGGGAUCGGACAAGCCUUCCAUGAAAGAAUCAGGUCGAGAUGGGUUUGUAAUUCAAAGAUACAAUUUUGCUGGUGCUGAGUAAGAUUUUAAAGAGAAUAUGGUAUAAAUACACCAUUUACAGAAUCUGAUACUUUAUAGGACAUUGAUGUACUUGAUAAGGUUUGUACCAUAUGAUACAUAGGUGGUGUAUACAUGUGCUUAACAUUAAUAGAAU